AUGCCUUCAAGAACAAGUGACACGCCAAAUGAGUGGUCCAAACCGGCGGAUAUCAUCUCACGGUUUCUAGCUUUACAGCAGAUUUAUAGCGCCAAAGAACUAGACUCGUAUCUCCAGUCACUGCAACAAAUCAAAGAGCACGAAUCAGAUGCCGAGAAUCAAUCUCCUGAUGUCGUCGUUCUUUGCGCAUCGGCGAUCCUAGCUAUUCCCGAAGCCGUUUUUGAGUGGGUAGCCCUGCAGCAAAGUCAAGACGAGGGACGACAGAGAAACACAGUACUGGUAUUAUGUGGAGGCAUUGGACCUUGUACACCAUUCGUUUACGACGCCAUCAGAGCCAGCAAGAAAUAUUGCACGAUAUUUGACACAAUAAAUGGCAAGCCUGAAGGCGAGGUGUUGAAAGUCAUGGCGGAGCGCUUCUACAAGCUCAAGAUCAACGAAACUUGGAGUCGGGAUAAUGGAUUUCGGAUCCUGGUCUCGGACCGUUCAAACAACUGUGGAGCGGAUGCAACGGAGGCACAAAAGGUCUUACAGGAGAACGAUAUUUGGACUCCAAGAUCCAUGGUUGUUGUGCAGGACCCAGCCAUGAGUAGCCGGACAAUGUCUUCAUUUGAAAAAGUCUACGAGACCUGUGCAGUCCAUAUUUCUUGCUGGCCACUGCUGAAGGAACCAAGACAAGAUCAACAGAAAAAGUCUAGACAUGAGCAAGAUGCCCGAAGAGAGCUUUGGUCUAUGGAUCGCUUUCUGGACAGGAUCAUCGGCGAGCAAGGUGGAGUUAUCAGAGCAAAGUCACCUAUUGGCAUUCCAAACGAGGUGGAAAAUGCAUGGUCAGCUAUAAUGGACGAAAGCAACCCAAAAGUCUUUUCAUAA